AAAAACACCAAACUUUAAGCACUUUGCCCUUGUUGGCUUGUCUCACCACCUCCCAUUCCAAGGUUUUGAAUCAAAAACCCUUAAAAGCCCUUCACCAAUUAGUGCUAUUCUCUCUUUUUUUUGUGCACCAAAUAACUGAAACAGAUCCAUAUUAUUUAACAGAAAAGAGAGAUUUACUGAGAAACCCCGGGAAAAAACUUGAGGACCUUGUUGAAACUCGAAAGAGAAGCACAGACCUAGUGUUUCUCUUAUUUUUCUCUCUGAGAAAAAUAUAUUAAUACUUUAUUAAGUACUGUCAAUUUGUUAUAGAUAUUUUUUGCGGGUCAGACUUUUUCUCUUUUUAGUUUUUGCUCCACAAAUUGAUUCUUUAUCACUGUACUCUCUAACUUUUUCUCUGUCUCUUACUUGAGAGAGAGGGAUCCAAAGCAGAAACUGUGUGUGUUAGCUUCAUCUGGGUCAUCAAUGGCGAGCUGGGUCUUAUCAGAAUGUGGCUUAAAGCCUCUUCCUCAAGUUUUUCAUGGACCCGGAGCCAGACCCACCUCAUACAAGCCCUCAAAGAUUAGAUUUUUACAUUCAAACAAAGCUGGUACAGAUCUCAAAUUUGCUUCUCCAACUGGGUGUUUAAGAGACAGGAACUGGGGUCUAAAAGUGAGUGUUCCAUUAAGGGUUCCUUCCAUUGAAGGAGAGGAAGAGAGCCAACAGAGAAUUAACGGUGUAAAUGGGUUCAAUGGAGAAGAAAAAGAAGAACUUAAAUUCAAUCCUGGGUCACCACCACCAUUCAAAUUGGCUGAUAUUAGAGCCGCCAUUCCAAAGCAUUGUUGGGUUAAGAACCCUUGGAGGUCUAUGAGCUAUGUUGUCAGGGAUGUUGCUGUGGUUUUUGGAUUGGCUGCGGCGGCUGCUUAUGUCAACAAUUGGUUUGUUUGGCCUCUAUAUUGGGCUGCUCAGGGAACCAUGUUUUGGGCUCUCUUUGUUCUUGGCCAUGACUGUGGUCAUGGAAGUUUUUCAAACAAUCCUAAGUUAAACAGUGUGGUGGGGCAUAUUCUACAUUCUUCAAUUCUUGUACCGUAUCAUGGAUGGAGAAUUAGCCAUAGGACUCAUCAUCAAAAUCAUGGGCAUGUUGAGAAUGACGAAUCAUGGCAUCCGUUGUCUGAAAGAAUUUACAAGAGUUUGGACGUGGCUACGAAGACUUUGCGAUUCACUGUGCCUUUUCCAAUGCUUGCAUACCCCUUCUACCUUUGGAGUAGAAGUCCUGGGAAGACCGGUUCACAUUUUGACCCAAGCAGUGACUUGUUUGUUCCCAGUGAGAGGAAAGAUGUGAUCACUUCCACUGUAUGUUGGACGGCAAUGGCUGCCCUCCUUGUGGGGUUAGGCUUUGUAAUGGGUCCUAUGCAAUUACUUAAGCUCUAUGGCGUUCCCUAUUGGGUUUUUGUUAUGUGGCUGGACUUAGUCACUUACCUGCAUCAUCAUGGUCAUGAAGAAAAAUUACCAUGGUAUCGUGGAAAGGAAUGGAGUUAUCUUAGGGGUGGUCUUACAACUCUUGAUCGGGACUAUGGACUGAUUAAUAAUAUCCACCAUGAUAUUGGAACCCAUGUCAUACACCAUCUUUUUCCUCAAAUACCUCACUACCACUUAAUUGAAGCAACUGAGGCAGCCAAGCCAGUUCUUGGCAAAUAUUACCGGGAGCCAAAGAAAUCAGGGCCUCUUCCUUUUCACCUAAUUGGAAAUUUGAUAAGAAGCUUGAAACAAGACCAUUAUGUUAGUGACACUGGGGAUGUUGUGUACUAUCAAACUGACUCUGAGCUGGAUGCAUCAUCUAAGUUGAAUUAAAAGCUUCAAAUUGCAUUCUUUCAUUACAACAAGAAGAAAGGUUCUCGAGAUUUUACCUUGGAUUGCCUUUCUUAAUUAAAUUUGAUGUUCAAGCUUGUGAUCCAAUGUGGCAUAACAACGAAUUUGUUAUGCCAAGAGAGAACUAAUGCCUGACAAAUAUGAUUAGAGCUACUUCUUUUAGAACAUAAGUUAAAUAUAUAUGCAUAUGGCAUUCUUAACAUUAUUGCUGUAAUUGGGAGGAAGAUGCAUAUUUAUUCUUCUUGGAGAGAAUAAUCUCUUCAGCAAUAAUGUAGUGUAAUAUUAAAAAUUUCAGAAUUGAUGAUAAGAAGAAAAAGAAGAAAAAUAAUUUAUUCUAAAA